UAAUUACUAAUUUCUCCAUCCCAGCCACCGCUCCUCUCUAUCCAACAAGUCCCUUCAUGCAUGCAAUGUCCUGAUCCGAUCUUGUCUGACCUUUUCGUUUUAAAACACAAAAUCCGACAUUUUUGUCAGAGUCCGGCAUGGGAGAUCAGAAAGAGCCGCCGAUGGUGCACCGAUCUACUUCAUUUAGUAUCAAGAGUCUGCUGCUUCCCUCAAAAUGUGACAAACAGGACUCGUUGAUCCCAGAAAAUAGUACUGCUUCUUCGGGGUCUGAUUCAGAGAAAUCCCUGGAUCCUGAUAUGGAAUCUGCACAUUUGGACCCGGAGAAACCGAAGGAGGAGGACGAGAGUACGGAACGGUCGACAGAGCCAAGCAAAAACGGAAAAUAUGAUAAACCGCCAUUUAGCUACAACGCCUUGAUUAUGAUGGCUAUCAGACAGAGUCCUGAAAAGAGACUGACUCUGAACGGUAUUUAUGAGUUUAUUAUGAAGAACUUUCCGUAUUAUCGGGAGCACAAACAAGGCUGGCAAAACUCUAUCCGACACAACCUGAGUCUCAAUAAAUGUUUUGUGAAAGUGCCAAGGCAUUACGACGACCCCGGCAAAGGGAACUACUGGAUGUUGGAUCCUUCGAGUGAUGAUGUAUUUAUUGGUGGAACUACAGGAAAACUUCGGAGACGCUCUGCCACCUCCAGAGGCAAGCUGGCGAUGAAACGAGGACUGCGCUUUGCGCCUCUGGGUUUGGGAAUUAAUGACAGGGCGAACAACCCGCUAUAUUGGCAAAUCUCACCGUUUUUAUCAUUGCACCACCCGCAUUACAAUGGAUCAUCCGCAGGAUUUCUGAACCAAGGGCACGCGUAUGGGUCCCUACUGCCCGGGGUGGACCAGUUGAGUAAUGGGGACCUUACGCGCCAUCUAGGUGGAUCUGUCGGUGCUUUAGGCUUGUCAAGCAGUUACGGUGUAAGCUCGUCUGGGCUAUUAUCGGGACAGAGUGGCUACUUCGUCUCAGGGAGCCAGCACCCGCCGCCGCAUCUCCAGCAGAGCGCGCAGGGUUACGGUGUGCCCACGAGCUCACCACAGACGCUCCUCUCAGACUCACUCAGAACGUCCCUACCGUCUUUUUCACCCGGAGUUUCUAGCGGGUUUUCAGGAGUGUUGUCCCAUCAAAAGAGGGUCACACCGAAUGCUUUCUUAAACUGAUUUUACAAUUACAACAUUGGAAUGAUACAAAAUCACCCUAUAAAUGUCAAUUAUAGGGGUAAACAAAAGGUUAGGCUAUCACAAAUUAGGUCAGAAACCAUAAUUCCUCAAAGCAUAUAUGGCCAUAUUGUAUCCUGAAGUGCAACGAUUUAUUAUUUGCAUUUUAAGGGACAAACUUUGUUACCUGUGGGUUGUAAAAUGUAAUUAUACUUGCCAAAGGUAACUAUAUUUCUGGCUAGCCUAUUUAUAUCUUAUAUUUGUAUUCUUUGAAUCGUUUAUUUAUGUUUUGUAUUUAUUGUACAAUGUAUUUAAAUUUUAUUGUCAGUGUAUUCAUCAGUAUUGAGGAAAAACAUACAGCAUUAUUAAUUAUUUAUAUAAUAAUUCAUUUUGAAAUCGUUUUGGGGGAAAACGCCUUAAACAAAUCAGGGUUAAGACACACGGGAGAAAACAAAAGCCUACAAUUAAUAUUCUCAGGUUCUCCGUCCAUAUACUCCAAUGUAGGCUGUAUCUGAAUAAUGUAUGCAACACAUUUUAGAUAGAGGUAUAGUUUUGUGUGUACUCUUGAGUUAAUUAUAGCAUAAUUUGUCCUCUGUUUUGUUGAUGGGACCGUAUAGAGAGCAUGUAGAUAACUUAUUGGACACAACCGAGCAUGACAUUUAGGCCUCCUUAUAGCGGUGACUGACCCUCGCAGGGGUCACCAACCAGUUUUUCAAACUAAUUAAAAAAACAAGACUGUAAAAUCACCAGGAAUUCAGACAAAAAUGAGUUUAUUAAAGAAAUUGGCUUCCAAGUAGUCUAUGACCACCACAAAUAGAAUAAGAGACUGUGAUGUCUCAAAAAAAUCAAGGUAUGAAAAUACUGCUAUUUUCCAAUACGUUGUAUUUUUGGCAUAGUUGUGGUCAAUUACAUUUGUACAAUUACAAUUGCAUUGUACAAAUAUUUUUCAUAAUUAUUAUAUGUUGGAUAACGUAGGGCAACUGUUUUAUUAUGUUCCCCAGGCCGUUCGCUCCAAUCUGCCUGAGGCUUAAUCAAGUUGCCUAACCACGCUGCAGGCCCAAAACGUCGGUUUCCAUCUUUUAUAUAAAGCACUUAAGGUUUCAGUUUCUCGUUCAAAUCAAUUCCUGUUGUUUUGGUCCUUGCCAUUUUUGGUUAAAGGCUACUUUUCCAGGCCUCCAAAUUAUACAUUUAAUUGUCUUAUCCUUUCGUCUUAACAUCGAACACACAUUUGGCGAACUGACGUAUAUCCAGGCCAUAUAAAUCAGUUCCCAACUUUUUGUUUCACGUUUACCCCAUAUAUGACAAUGUCUGCUGACAUGUUGCUAUGGCUCAUAUGCCACAUUCAUCUUGUAAACUAGGACUAUUCUCAGCAGUAAGUGGCGAUGGGAUUUCAGCGAUAGAGCUAAUUCUACCUCACAUUCUGAGAAGAAAAUAGUGUGGGCACCAUUACUAUUUUUAGUUACAAUUCCACUACUUGUGCUCCGCGGCAAAAGACACCGAUCAGGCCACAAACGAGUGGAAUACUAGCAAAAAAUACUAUAGGCCUACACAGCUCGUUUUAUAUUAUGCAUACAGUAACCUACACCCAUUCAAAAUGAUAAUUGUGCAGUUUGGCAAUGAUGAUCCAAAUAAACAACAUUCUAAGUUGUUACUGUAAUAACCAGUUAAGCUUUUAUUAUCCAAUAGGCCUAUUUACAGCAAAAUAUUAGCCUAUAAAGAGAACAAUGGUCUUCAACAGGCAAAAAACAACAAUAACAUAACACACACAUUGGUCUAACAUUUCACAACAUAACAUUUUAGAUUUUUUUGUAAAUGUUCUUUCAACGUUUUGCACUUUUUGUUGUUAGAAUACCCAUUGUAUGAGUAUUGUCUGUUUUUGUUGCUGUAUGUUACAAUAAAACAAAUAAACUUCAUUAAAGUAUAAGACAUUA